AUGGCAGGGAAUAUAUCCAUCUCGCCCUUCAUCUUCCAGCGAUGCUUUCAACAAGCAUGGUCCGGAUCGCGACGAGCUCGCGUCAAUUACGGAGACGCCAAGCAUGGAAACAAACUAAACGAUUAUGACGUUUUGCAGCUGCCGCGAAGAUUUGGAAUCGCCGUCAGUGGCGGUGCCGAUUCAAUGGCAAUGGCAUAUCUAUGCAGGCAGCUGGAACGGUCAUCAGAAAUAUCUGGGGCUAUCUCUUUCACUGCAUUCGUGGUAGAUCACCGUGCUCGCCAAGAAAGUACCCUCGAGGCCCAAAAAGUCGCUGGUUGGCUUCGUGAUAUGGAUAUCAAAACUCAGAUUCUCAAGUUAGAUUGGUCUGAGCUCACUUCGGCUCAAACCAAUUCACCGACAGAUUUAUCUAAGUUAUCUGCAUUCGAGACUCAUGCGCGGCGGCUCCGUUUCCAAGCUCUUGGCUUGGCCUGUCAUGAUUUUAAGCUGGAAACGCUUCUGUUAGGCCAUCAUCAGGAUGAUAACAUCGAGACUACCAUUUGGCGACUUUCUUCUGGAGCCAAGGGGUUAGGUCUCGGGGGAAUCCCCGAGGUUGCUCGGAUUCCCGAGUGCCAUGGUCUCUUCGGGGCAUCUGAAAGCUGGUCAACUACUUCAGUCCCCAUCAAACCAGAUACUAUGCCUCAAUCCCGAGUUAGGUUCAAUGACCGCAAUCACGGAUUGAUCAAGAUCUCGGGUGGAAAUAACCCUGAUCACGCAUCUCUUGUGAAAAUUGCCAGCCCAGGCAUAUUCAUUUGCCGACCACUGCUGCAUUUUACCAAAGCAAGUAUUCUGGAGACUUGCCACAAACAUCAAAUUCCCUACGUCUCUGACCCAACAAACUUCGACCCUACCCUCACUCCUCGAAAUGCUAUCCGCAGCUUCCGCUCUUCAAAAUUAUUACCUCGCGCACUGGAAUCGCAAUCCAUCCUAUCGCUAAUUCGCUCAAACCAUGAUCUCCUGCAUAGGUCAAAUGAGCUUUCUGACUCUCUACUUUCCUCCCAAUGUCGAAUCAUUGACUUCAACCCAAAGGCAGGAUCUGUUGUGAUUCAAUUCCUAGAUCCAACUCCUGCAUCCAUGGACCCUCAGCUUGCUUCUUUGUCAGACUCCCAAAUCACGCAGAUCCAGACUCUGGUGCUCCGCCGCAUCACCGAAUUGGUCUCUCCCUUCCCUGACAGUCAUUUUUCGCUACGCAGCUAUGAACCCUUUGUAUCAAAUAUGUUCUCUGGUUCAGAAGAUGGCCAUACUGAAAUGACGAAAGAAAGCCGAGAAGAAAAAGCUCACCACCGUCAAUCAUUUACAUUAGCCGGGGUCAUGUUCCAACGUCUCACAGACCAAACACCCACAUCAGUAUCAGAUACCGAUGCAAAAGACCCACGGCCUCGCGGUGACAAUAUAUGGCUGCUAUCCCGACAGCCGUUUAUGAAGGAUCGGGAUCCCGUGACGCAGGUCAACGUCUCACCCACGGGAAGCUUCACCCAAUGGUUCUUAUGGGAUAACCGUUUUUGGAUGCGACUGCGUCUAGUUCCAAGUGAUUCAGAUCGCGACCCUAGUGAGUUGGGGGCGAGGCUGGCCCAAUUACCUAUCACCAUACGCCCAUUCCAUAAAUUGGAUGUGGAGCGGGUGCGUAGAGAUACGGUCAACUCAAGACCGCAGGGCGCCAAGAAGAACUCAUUUAUCGAGCAGGGAAUUCCUGGGACAUUCGACAAUAUGAAAGCCUUUCUUUCUGCCGAGGCGCCUUCUCAAAUACGCUUUACCCUUCCUGUUGUGGCGAGAGAGGGCAUCAACUUUAAACCUGGGAAGCCCUUACACCAGAAAGUCAGGCAGCAAUUGGCAUUGCCUACUUUGGAUUAUCGCUUAUCUGCCCACUCGGCUGCAUAUGCCUCUCAAAGUGAGGUAGAGCUGGUACAUUUACAAUGGCGUUGGAAACUGAAAUGGCAAUGGAUGUACAAAAUGAUUGACACUGAGGCACUGCGUCUGAUGGGCUGGCCAGUUGGUGGAUAUGCGAAAGACGCUUAG